CGGUCUUAAAGCGGAAGUGAGUCUGUCACCUGACUUUAGCAUAUGAUCCACAGAUACAGCAGAAAGGCAAACCAGUUCGAGUCUUGAACUAUUUUAUGAGCAUUUAAUAGAGUAAAGCACUAUGACUGGACGGGGUAAAUUAAUCGCAGUUAUAGGGGAUGAGGAUACAUGUACUGGCUUCCUGCUGGGAGGAAUCGGAGAGCUGAACAAAAAUCGCAAACCCAAUUUCUUGGUAGUGGAGAAGGACACCAGUAUCACUGAGAUAGAGGAGACAUUCAAGAGUUUCCUGGCUCGCAACGAUAUUGGUAUCAUCCUUAUCAACCAGUUCAUUGCUGAGAUGAUCCGGCACGCAAUAGACGCUCAUAUGCAGUCCAUCCCUGCUGUGCUAGAGAUCCCCUCUAAAGAGCAUCCUUAUGACGCUUCUAAAGACUCGAUCUUGCGCAGGGCUAAGGGCAUGUUCUCUGCCGAGGAUUUCCGAUAAGUGUCGUGGCAUCAUGAAGCUGGUCAAGCAUCGAAAGCGUUUAUAAAUGUUAAUGUGGAUGUUGUUCAGUGUCUCUGUUUUCAUUACAUUUAAAGAAUUUGAAAUAGGUUUAGCAAUUUAAAAAAGUGUGAUGUGUAUAUUUGUGAUUUCCAAGAACAAAAAAUAUAUGUAUUACAAUAAAAAAAUUGUGUAUGAGUCUUGUGAACUUGAAGGGACUAUUUCAUGUUAAUUAAAAAUAUAUAUAUAUAAUAGAAAGUCUGUCCUUCGGUUCAUUAUUUAAUAACUGGAAUGUAAUUACUGUGCAGUUACAGCCCUAAGCCAUACCUACAUGUGUGAUUUUAUUAGGAGAAGGGGAAAAGUGCAUAAAAGCAUCACUUUCCAGGAGGCUUUCCAUUUGUUGCCUUAAUGUUUCAUCAUUGCUACUGCAUUGGUUGCUAAAACCCUUAAUCAUCAAACUUUUCAGUAUUACUACUAAAACUUGAUGACAGUGUUAAUAUGACUAAAAAUACUUAUAGCCCAUGUAAGAACCAAGAAAUGGAUGUUAUCAAAUUUCUUAGCCUUACAUUCAGCAAUGUUGUGUCUUCAGGAGGUAUUUUGUUGUGUGUAUACACACACAGUUAGGUCUGGAAGUAUUUGGACAAUGACAGAGUUUUUGUGAUUUUUGCCUGUAUACACCACCACAAUGAAUUUGAAAUAAAACAAUCAAGAUGUGA